CAAUAAACCCACAAUAUCUAAUUGUCCCUUCUCUUCUCUCUAUCACACACUACUAUCACAUUAUGGCUUGCUCCACUAGAAGCUCCCUCUUCUUCUUCUUCACUACACUUAUUCUUCUCUCCACUCAAAUCCACGCAAGAGAUAGCUACUUCUUUGGGAAGUUCCACAGAGACUCUCCCAAAGACCAAAACCCUAACAAUGUUCUCCCUCUCGAGACAAGCGAGAAAACAACGGUAGAUGAAUCCAUCCCCAACAAGAAAGAGCAAGAACAAGAUCCUACCUUUGUCUCCGAGUCCGGGAACGGCUAUGGCUUGUAUGGUCACGAGAGUACUACCUACAACGACAACAAAGAAGAGUUCAACAGCAACAACAAGUACGACGACAAAGUCAACGGCGAGACUUUCUCCACUCCAAGCCUGAGCGAGACUGAGGAGUCUUUCAACAACUAUGACGAAAAGUACCCCAAGAAGACAGAGAGCUACGGCAGUAACGGUUACAGCAACGAAGAGUUCAACAACAAUAACAAGUACGAUGCAAACUUCAAGGAAGAGUUCAACACCAACAACAACUACGAUGAAAACCCCAAGGAAGAGUUCAACAACAAGUACGCCAAGGAAGAGUUCAACAACAACAACAACAACUACAAGUACGAUGAAGACGUCAAGGAAGAGCCUUUCUCUCAGAACAAUGGAGACAACAAGGGAAGCCUCUACAACUCCAACGCUUACGGGACAGAGCUAGAACGUGAAACGCCGUACAAAGGUUACAGCCACAAUUUGGAGAGACAAGGCAUGAGUGACACAAGGUUCAUGGAGAAAGGUAGCUACUACUACGACCUUUACAACGACAGAAACCACGGCCAUCACUACAGGAAGUCUCACAGCAAAAGCCCCGCCGGUUUCUAUUCAUCUCCGACGACAGAGACUAACUACGACCAGCAAUCGUAUUCGUACGGAAACAACAACAACAACAACAACGGGGAGAAUAGCUUUAAGGAUCCAUACAACUCCAAGUGGGAGAACGAACAGCCUGAAGAGUUUGUUGAGGAGCAAGGCACAAAUCAGUUCAAGCCUUGAUGAAGAUUGUUAUUUGAUUUCAUCUCAAGACUACUCUACACUCUUCAUUAAAAUCACUUUCUUUUUAUUUUCAACUAAGUUAUAUUACUACUACUUAUCGUUGUUUAGUCAAACUAAAUCGUUGUUAUCAUUGCAACAAAUUUAAAAAGUGAAAGGGGUUUGUGUUUUUUUUUUUUUUUUUAAAGUUGAGGUGGGUUUGCUUUUUUAUGGGGUUUUGAACUUCGAUGUUUGCGUUUUGCAUAUAUUAUUCGAUGAAAAGAAAGAUAGUUUAUAUAUUACUUACUUUAUGUUA